CGCUAAGGAGAGUCAAAGAUGCCGCUGAUAGUGAGAGAUCACACAUGGACACAAAACCUGAGCACAGUUUACAUCAGCGUCCCUUUAAAAGCAGUGAAAACCGCAAAUGUACACAUCAUCUGCACGGACGACUACCUGAAGGUCAGUUUCCCACCGUUUCUCUUCGAGGUUUUCUUAUUCGCCUCAAUAAAUGAGGAGAAAAGUGAAGCCAGGAUUGGAAACGGUGCUGCAGUUUUCACUCUUCAGAAGAGGAGAGAUGAAAUGUGGGAGCAGCUCUGUACAAACAUCGAUAAAGAGAAGCAGAAGCAAAUUCGAGAACAAGCCGUUCUCAAAGUUCAGGAGAAAGCAGUGGAAAAGUCUAAAACCAAAGCCACCCGGAUUCAACAGGAGAAGAAGUAUGCGCUGGAAACCAUGAUGAAGCUUGAGAGCGAGGAGCGGGAGAGGAUUCAGAAGAGGAAGGAUGAAGAGUGUGCGAGAGCCACAGCAGAGCUGGAUUUCUGGAGAGAAACACAGAGAAAAACAGCCGAGGGAAACGAGAACCAGAUAAAAGAGCAGAGAACCAGCACACAUGACGACAAACCGGCUCCUCAGAAAAUAAAGCAUGCGAACACUUCACCUGCAGACACAGCAUUGGUGAAAACUGACAACACUAUCACUGGUCAGAUGAGGAGUAAACAGAAAACAAAGGAUCUUCCCGCUCCCAGAUCUGCUGGCUGUAUUCAGAUCAGCUUCACUCCACGAGUGUUUCCCACCGCGCUCAGAGAGUCUCGCGUCCCCGAGGAGGAGGAGUGGUUGAAGAAGCAGGCGGAGGCCAGGAGAGCAAUAGACACAGAUCUGGCAGAACUGGACGACCUGACAGAGGACGAGAGAAACCCAGACUGGCUGAAAGACAAGGGAGAUAAAUUGUUCAUGGCAGGAAACUUUCUGGCUGCUGUCAACGCUUAUAAUCUGGCCAUAAAACUCAACAGGAAGAUGCCGGCUUUAUUUUCUAAUCGAGCGGCUUGUCACCUCAAACUGAGAAAUCUCCACAAGGCCAUUGAGGACAGCUCUCAGGCGCUUGAGUUGCUGACGCCUGCGGUCUCUGCGAACGCUUCAGCUCGACUGAAGGCUCAUGUGAGGCGGGGAACAGCCUUCUGUCAGCUCCAGCUCUAUGUGGAAGGUCUUCAAGACUAUCAGAAGGCUCUAGAAAUAGACCCACACAAUGCAGCACUGCGAGCCGAUACCGAGCAGAUCCGUGAGCUCAUACAGGGAUCCACUCCACGAUCUAAAGAUGAAAACUAGCAUCAAGGUUACAACCUACACGUUAACUGUGUAUUCAUAAUGACACCGCAUCCUGUUAAGAAAACACACAUGAAGACUGAUAGUAUUCGUCUUAUAAAUAAAGCAUUGGCUUUAUUUA